CAUCAGCCGGCAGCAUCUCGAUUCUCUCAGCUGCCAUGGCGGAAUACGCGCAUCAUGCGCGGUACCUGGAGCUGUUUCUCCAUGGAGGCUUUCGGAUGCUCAGCAAGGUGGACAGCCUCCGUGCGGCUGACAAAGGCUCUUUGCUGGGCCUGGGCGAGGAGGCUGCGAAGCUCCUGGCGACCUGCACGGCAGAGACGUCGCUGCUCAGCGCCAUCUACUGGGUCCUUUGCAGCGCUGCGCUUCUGGGUCACACUCUGAGCGAGGACCUGCUUCUGCAGGUGGUGAACUUUCUGGAGCGGUGUCGCAAAGGAGGCGCUUUUGCACCCCACCCGCUGCACGAAGGAGAUUUACUCUCCACGGUGAGCGCCAUUCAGAUUGCCCGGCUUUUGAAGCGCCCGGAGCUGCUGAAUGUGGAGGAGACUUGCAGCUUUGUCCAGUCGCUGCAGCUGCCGGACGGCAGCUUCGUCCAACGUGUCGGGGCCACGGAGGGAGACGCUCGCUUCACCUUCGCGGCGAUCUGCGGCCUGCGGCUCUUGGGCCAACACCCCAGGUGCCAGGACGAGAUCGCCGGGUGGCUGGUGCGGUGCCAAAAUUUGGACGGAGGCUUCGGGUGCCGACCAAAGGAAUGCGAGUCUCACGCAGGCCACUCCUUCUGCUGCCUCGCCGGCCUGCAGUUGCUUUCGAGACUCGGUGAUACGAGCCCUCGCGGCCGAGCUCGGCUGCUGCGGUGGCUGGGCUCCAGACAGUGCGAAGGAGGUGGCAUGAACGGGCGCCCGGGCAAGGCAGGAGACAGCUGCUACAGCUGGUGGACCCUGGCAGCGGCCAAACUCUUGGACGAGGGCCAGGAGGAGCUUGGUCGCAUGUUCGACCUGCCUGCGCUGGAAGGCUUCAUUGAGAGCUGCAUGUCAUCUGAGGGGGGCGUGGCUCCCCACCCGGGUGAUGCGCCAGAUCCCUUCCACACCUUCUUCGGCCUGGCUGGGCUAUCCUUGGCCCAGCAUGCCGCACGUGGAGGGGCGUCGGCCAAGUUGCAGCAGAUGGAUCCGGCUCUUGUCCUUCCUAUAGGUCUGCCAUGAUGGCUGCGCAGCUCGCCUUCUCGUCCCGUUGCAG